AUGGGAUUGAUAGAUGGUCUUUUGGGUGGUCUUCUAGAUGGAGAUUCAUCAAUUUCUUCUGUUCCUACUUCUACAAUCACACAAUCUCCAGCUCAAACUCAGAACCAAAAUCCCACUCAAACACAGAAUGAAAAUCAGACAAAUGACGAUGAUAACCAAAAUGAGAAUGGAUCUGGUAAAAAGAAUAAAAAUAAGGAUAUCACUUCCACUUCCACAUCAUCUUCUACUACCGCUGAAGUGACGAGUACGGAUACUUCCACUACUGGUGAAGCGCCACCUGCGACUUCUAAAUCUCAGACCAAUGUCAGCGUUCCAACUUCGACCAACGUGGGUUCGAUUAGUAAAUCAGAAGUUGGUCAGACGGAUGAUGCUAUAACUUCUUUUACUUCCACCUCAACCACAUCCACGUCCUCGUCCAUCACCAUUUCUUCAACUACUUCUCUCACUUCGGCGAGUUCAACUAUUUCAACCACGACGAAAACUUCAACUAUAUCGACUCUUCCUUCAAGCUCGAUACAAGGGAACGGUACCGUCGCUCAGAUCAAAACGCAGAAUGACGCUGUCAAGACUAAUGGUGAUAUCUUUGAUCCGAAGAAUAAGUUGUUUCCGUUGGGUAUUGUGGUAGCUAUUGUCGCUGGCCUAUUCUUCAUAAUAAUCACCACCAUGCUACUCAUCCGUGUCUUAGGAUUCACAAAACGUCGUCGACUUCGACACAGAGCAAUCUCUUUCGUUUCACCCGAUCCAAAAUUCGAUCCGGGUGAAGAAAAGUUUGAAACGAUCACCACGAAUUUAGGAAGAGAUAUGGAAAGGGGUUUUGAUCCCAUCGCUUCGACUACCAAUUUGACCAGGGCUCCUUCGUGGGGUUCUGAAGGUGGUGGGUCGAACGGAUCUAGGUCAGAAUUAGGAAGGGUGAAUGAACAGACGGGAAUGAGAUUUCAACAAUCAGGAAUGAGGUACGAUGAACAAUCUCGAAUGGAAUAUGGUGGACGACCAGGAAUCAAGUAUGAUGGACAAGGAAUGAGAUAUGAUACAGAAAGGGAAAGAGGAUUUGGUCAAAUUGAAGGAUUUCAAAGAGGUUAUAUCGAUCCUUCUUACGCCCCUGACAUCGGAGGUGGAGGGGAAAGGAAUAUGGAAGCUUACGACGCUACUUUCUUCCCCCCGCAACAAUACGUCAAUGGGAAUGGGAAUGGGAAUGGAGAUAAUCUAGGUGUGACAGAAGAAGAAAUGGAAAUGGGUUCACCUGUACCUUCUUUCCUUACUGGUCGAAUGGGACAGCCUGGUCAAGUCGGACAAGCUGGAAAAGCUGGGCAGGUUGGAAAAGAGGGACAGAUGGAAUACGUACAAUCUGAUCAAUCCAAAAGAGUACCGAGUCAACGUGAUCAGAUCGGGAUGGGUGUUGGGAAGGGAUACGUCCAAUCUGAUAAAUUUUCUCAAGCAGAUAUGAGAGGUUUUCGACAAGAACAACAAACAAAGUAUCUACCACAAUCACGUCCUCUCCCUAACUUUUCAAACCAACAAACCCAACAACUCGAAUCCACCAGGGGAAUAGCCUCAAAUGGACGAGUAGUAGAAGAACGAAUCGAUGGGAGUACAAGAGUAUCGGGAGGAGGAAUGGACGGAAGUCAAGGAUCUAAAGUUAUAGGUCGGAACCCAAGUUCUAGCGGUAGGAUCUUAGUUGAUACUAAACUUUCUAGAAAAGAUUCAAAUUCUUCUUUCGUUUCUAGAUCUACCUCUUCUUCCGGAUCGACUGAGUUUAAGGGAGAAUCAAGGAGAUAUAUGGCUUCUCGGACCGAGAGGGGAAAUGGAUUUGCGUAA